AUGAGGCAGCAGGCGAGCAGGUUCAAGCGGAUGUGCGUCUUCUGCGGCAGCAGCCAGGGCAACAAGACCAGCUACCGCGACGCCGCCAUCGACCUCGCCAAGGAACUGGUGGCCGGAGGUAUAGACCUGGUGUACGGCGGCGGGAGCAUCGGGCUCAUGGGGCUCGUCUCCCAGGCCGUCUACCACGGCGGCAGGCACGUCCUCGGGGUCAUUCCCAAGACUCUCAUGACCCCCGAGUUAAUCGGAGAGAUGGUAGGAGAGGUGAGGCCGGUUGCGGACAUGCACCAGAGGAAGGCUGAGAUGGCCAGGCACUCAGACGCCUUCAUUGCCCUGCCUGGAGGAUACGGCACACUGGAGGAGCUGCUCGAGGUGAUCACUUGGGCUCAACUAGGCAUCCACCAUAAGCCGGUCGGGCUUCUGAACGUGGACGGCUACUACAACUCCCUGCUCACCUUCAUCGACCAGGCCGUCGAGGAAGGCUUCAUCAACCCUGCCGCCCGCCGCAUCAUCGUCUCCGCUCCCACCGCGCAGGAGCUCAUGGAGAAACUCGAGGAGUACGUGCCAUACUACGACAUGGUCGCGUCUGGCCUGGACUGGGAGGCGGAUCGCCUAGAGUUCUGACCAAUCGAUCAGCCAUUCGAUGUUAAUUUCAGACCAAGAAAGAAAGAAGGAAUUGCUGGAGAAUAGCCCCAAAUGAAAGAAUGCUAUUCCAGUUGUGUACUCUCGAUGCAGUAGUUUUUCCUUUGGCAAUCAAUACCAGGGCAUUGAUAUAUCAUACUCUCGAUGCAGUAGCUAAUUAGCCUAGCCUUGUCAUUUCACGCUAAGGGCCUGAUAAGUAUGUAAUUUGGUUAUGGUAUUUAGUAGCCAGCCUUUAUAUAUUAUCUGAACUA